AAUCAAGCGUGAGGAAGUGAAAGCGGAUACGCCUUUGUCGUGACGUCAGCGCGCACGCCCCACAACUACAACUUCCUGCUAUGGUCCAGAGGCCGCGCAUGCGCCGUACAGCAUUCAGUGCCUGGAGCGAUCGUGUCGGGAUCAGAUGGCAGUUUGAGGAAACCUAUAUACUCUGAGCACAGUAUUGGAACUAUAAACAACAGCCAUGAAGAUCGCAGUGGAGGGUUGCUGCCAUGGGGAACUUGAUAAGAUCUAUGAGACCAUCCAGUUCCUGGAGAAGAAAGACAACACUAAAGUAGAUCUCUUGCUUUGCUGCGGAGACUUUCAAGCAGUGAGGAAUGAGGGGGACAUGAAAUGCAUGGCUGUGCCUCCAAAAUACCGCCAGAUGCAGACAUUUUACAAGUAUUAUUCUGGUGAGAAACAAGCUCCAAUACUCACAAUCUUCAUUGGAGGAAAUCAUGAGGCUUCAAAUCACCUCCAGGAAUUACCCUAUGGUGGAUGGGUUGCACCUAAUAUAUACUACAUGGGAUAUGCUGGUGUUGUGAAUUAUCGUGGCGUGAGAAUUGGAGGAAUUUCUGGAAUUUUUAAGCCCCAUGAUUAUAGAAAAGGUCAUUUUGAACACCCUCCAUACACGAAAGAUACAAUUAGAAGUGCAUAUCAUGUGAGGAACAUAGAGGUCUUUAAACUUAAACAGCUAAAAGAUCCUAUGGAUGUGUUUCUGUCCCACGACUGGCCCCGUGGCAUCUAUCAUUAUGGUAAUAAGAAACAGCUGUUAAAGAAAAAGGAGUUCUUCACACAAGAGGUAGAGAGCAACAUCCUUGGCAGCCCGGCAGCCAGCGAGCUCCUCCACUAUCUCCAGCCCUCAUACUGGUUUUCUGCUCACCUCCAUGUCAAGUUUGCUGCUUUUAUGCAACAUCCGAAUAAAGAAGAAGGCAAGUUACCUAAAGCAACAAAAUUCUUGGCACUUGAUAAAUGCCUACCACGUCGAGAAUUUCUCCAGAUUAUUGAGGUGGAGCAUGAUCCAAGUAAGCCAGAACAACUACAGUAUGACCUAGAAUGGCUGUCGGUUCUCAAAGCAACCAAAGACCUCCUAAAUCUUACAUCAAAUACAUGGAAUAUGCCGGAAAACAAUGGUCUACACAGCAGGUGGGAUUACAGCGCCACUGAACAAAUGAAACAAGAAAUCCUUAAUGAUUUAGGCAAUGAUCUCAAUAUUCCACAGAACUUUAGUGCCACUCUACCAUGUUAUAACCCAAAUAAUCCUCAGCACAAGAGGUUGCCAUCCCAUGUAGUUAAUCCACAGACUACAGAGUUCUGUGCCCGCUUUGGAAUUAUUGACAUCAAUGCCAAGGUCCGUCAAAAUGAUGAUGAAGGUGGAGAAUUUGAUGCGGCAGAAGAUGACAGCAGUGGUUCUGUGGAAGAUCCCAGUGAAUACAGCACUGAUACUUCCAUCCUCUCUUCUUCAAUUAACCCAGAUGAGAUCACUCUGGAGGAUGAUGAGGAUGAAGAAGAUAACUCUAUACAGUCUGUAGAGCCCUCUCCAGAACAUACCCCAGACUUAUCCAUUAAUUUCUCUAACAUUCAAGCACUUCCCGACUCAAUGGCUGUCUCAUCAGACGAAGCGAUGGAUUCAACCAAUGAUGAGCUAGAACGGUCAGAAAGCAGUCAGACCGAAGGAGAAGGAAAGAACCCAGAGAGGCAACUCAAGAGGUUAAGUGAUGAGAACGGACGAGGCAGCGUGAAAAUUAAGAGACGGAAUCAAGCCAUUUACACAGCUAAAGAUGAAGAUGAUGAGUAAAUCCUCUGGGGUGCAUAAUAUGAACUAUUGCAUCUACUUAUAAAUUUACCAAACUGUCAUGCCACCAGCUGGAAAAGGGGUUUUCCAGGCUUAAAAAAUAUUUUAAUGUGUUUAAUAUUAAUUUGUUCAUUAUGGAAAUAUGUCUGGCAUGAGGUUUGUUUACUUUUUAAAUAUUUUAUAUUUCAGUUAAAUGUGCCCAUCUCAUUCCCCUUAAAAAAUACAGUCCUGUAAAAUGACAUGUUUCCAGUGUAUAAAGUAUACGUUUUAAUUAACAUUUUUAUAGUUUUCUUAAGGUUUAUGGGCAGAAAUUAAUUUAAGAAAAAAUAAACCAGGACUCUU